AUGAACCUUAAUAGUCCAGAGAUUGAAUUUGAACCUUCUCUGGAUAAAGAGGCUGGUGAUGGCUUUUAUAACCUAGUAGAUGAACACCUGGGUGAUGUUUUCCAAAUGUCUGCCCAGGUGAAAAAGACAGCAGCACACCUGGGAUCAGAACAGUACCAGGUUGACAUCUAUGAAAACAUAAAGGAAUAUUUGUCAUCCUACCUCUCUCUCUUUGGUAGUCUAACUGACUUACAAGAAUGUAUAAAAGUGACAGAUGCCGCGCUCAAAGGAGAGGUGACCAAGGGAGGUUAUUGUGUUCUGGUAGAAAUCAUGGGGCACCUCUUCGCUGUGCAGGUCAGGCUGUUGGUAGCAGAAAGUUCUGCCUUGACAGACCUUCUGGGACUCCCGCUUCAUAAGGCAGAUGAAGUCCAAAGUAUAGUUGAAAAUCCUGUCAAAGAGCUGGAUUAAGAGCUGCUUGAAACUUUAGAUAACAACCAAGUUCAGCUGCAAACAAUUCUGAAAAGUAAAUAUGUGGUAUAUUUCACUGAACAAGUGAAAAGUUGGCAAAAUAAAUUAAACAUGGCAGAUUCUGUCAUUUCCACUUGGGUGGAAGUUCAACACAUGUGGUCACAUCUAGGAAGUAUUUUCACUGGCUCUGAAGACAUCAGAAGCCAGCUGCCUGAAGAUGCAAACAGAUUUGUUGAAAUGAACAGAGACUUGAAAGUUAGUAGAAUUAGUGUUUUAAAAGCCAAAAACGUGAUGGAAGCUACAACCAAGCCAGAGGUGUAUGAAAAUUUUGAAGCUUUACAGCACAGACUUUCCCUUUGUGAAAAAGCUCUGGCUGAAUAGCUAGAAACCAAGCACAUAGCUUUUCCUCACUUUUAUUUUGUUUCUUCAGCAGAUGUGCUAGACAUCCUUUCAAAAGGGACAUGGCCAAAACAGGAGAAUAUAGCAGAAUGUAUAAAUGUUUCCCUCGAGGUGUACAGCAGAGAAAAGGAGUUUGUUCUGUUCCAUGAGUGUGGAUGCAGUGGCCAGGAAAUGGUAUAUAAACCAGGGUGCCUCUGCAUCAUGGAGGCCAUAGCGGCCUGUGAAGGGAAGCAGAGGGAACAGUGGCGUUUUGGUUACCCAGCCCAGGUGGCACUUACUGGUUCACAAACCUGGUGGGUUUCAGGUGUAGAAAUGCCAUUUGUCAGGCUGGACGAGGGCUUGGCAUCAGCCCUGGAGGACUGCCACAAGAAGCGGGUCACUCGGCUAAGUGCCAUUAUCACCGUGCUGCCCGGAGAAAUUUCCCUGGGUGAUCAACAGAAAAUCAUUUGUGCCAUAGAUCUUCAUGCUAGAGAUGUAUUAGCAAGCUGUGUAGCUCAGAAGGUCACCAAUUCCCAUGCUUUCGCUUGGCUGUCACAGCUAUGCCACAGAUGGGACAAUGCCCAGAAACAUUUUGCCAACAUUUACGAUGCUCAGUUUCAUACUUUUACGAGAACUUGAGGAAGUACCCCUCGGCUAGUUAUUACACCUUUGACUGACCGGUGGUACGUUACUGUAACCCAGUCUCCCCGCCUCACAGUGAGCGGUGCUCCUGCAGAACCAGCUGGCACAGGUAGAACAGAGACCACCACAGAUCAGGGCCAUGCCCUUGGGGUGAUGGCAUAUGUCUCCUACUGUUCUGAGCAGAUGGAUUACAAGUCUGUAGGGAAUAUCUAAAAAAGGUUUGGUCCAGACAGGAGCUUAAGGGGAUGCUUUGAUGAAUUCCAUUGCAUCUCAGUGGAAGUUCUGUUAGUGGUGGCAGUACAGGUAAAUUCUAUUUGUGAUGCUAUUAGGAACAAGAAAAAGAAGUUUUUAUUCUUUGGUGAAAACACUAGAUGGAAGUCGUCAGCUGGAAGAUUUAUUAGCAUGAACCCAGGAUAUGCAGGUCGGACAGAAUUAUCUGAAAACCUCAGAGUUCUGUUCAGACCCUGUGCCACAGGUAUCCCUGAUGUUGAAUUGAUCUCUGAAAUUAUGUUGGUUGCUGGAGGGUUUAUUGACGCGUGUCUGUUAGCCAGGAAGUUUAUUGUGUACACUCUCUGCAGGGAACUUUCUGAAUCAUCAGUUUUGGUAGUUUCCGGCUCACUGAAACGAGGAGACAAGAACAGACCUGAAGAUCAGGUAAAAUCUUCCCUGAAGAGACUUCAGUUGCUUAAAAUAGUGACAGGUGAUAUAUCCAGUUUCACGGGUCUGAUCAGUGACCUGUUUCCAGCUCUGGAUGUUCCGAGGAAGAGGAACCUGAAAUUUGAACAGAUGGUUAAACAAUCUACCCUGGAGCUUCACUCUCAGCCUGAACAGAGCUUUAUUCUCGAAGUUCUUCAGCUGGAAGAGCUACUGGCAGUGUGUCACUGUGUUAUGAUCAGAAAUGUGAGGACUGGAAGGAGUAAGGUGCUGAAAGUUCUGCAUCACAUGUAUGUGAACAUGGAAAAAAAAAUAAAAAAGCCUGUUUGGAAUGACUUUAAUCCAAAAGUUCUGACAGGUUUGGUUUUUGGUUUUGUACACCAUGCAACCUGAGAAUGGAAAGAUGGUUCUGACCCUUACGGGAGUGAACGUGUGCCUAUGACUCGGGUCAUGCGGCUGCUAUUUGAGGUGCACCAUGCAGUCUGUUCUCUGCUGGAUUGUUUACUGACCCCUGAAAAUGUGCCAGUGGAUUGUCCUGGAGAACUCUAUGAGAUGUAUUUUGUCUCUUGUAUUUGCGUGUUUGGUGAGGUGUUCUUUCAAGAUUCGCUUUCAAAUUACGAAGCUGAAUUCAGCUGUUGGUGGCUUAAGAAGAUGAAGGCAGUGAAGUUCCCAUCCUAGGGCACAGUAUUCAAUUAUUACCUUGAUCCAGGGAUGGGAAAGUUCCUGCCCGGGGUGGAUAAGGUCCUGAGUCCUGCUGUGGAUCCAGAUGUACCACUUCGGGCAAUCUUUGUUCACACAUAUAAGACUGCACGUCUUAAUUAUUUUAUCGAUUUGCUCUUAACAAAAGGCAAACCAGUCAUACUUGUUGGAAAUGCUGGAGUAGGAAAAGUGUUUUUGGGCAAUAGGCUUGCCGCUCUCUCUGGCUACCUCCUGGCUACCAUCCCUCUCAACUACUACACAGCAGCAGCGGUGCUUCAGAAGGUGCUUGAAAAAAAUAAGCUGGAGAAAAAAGGUGGUCAUAAUGGUCCGGUAGGAAAUCAAAAACUUACCUGUUUUAUUGAUGAUUUGAAUAUGCCUGAAGUGGAUGGAUUUGGAACCAUUCAACCAUGCAUUGAUUUGGCAGCAGAUUAUGAACACUGGUAUGAUAGGCAGAAGCUAACUAUUAAAGCAAGUUACAAUUGUCAGUAUAUUGCCUGUAUGAAUCCAGCUGCUGGCAGCUUAGUCAGCCCUGGACUCCAGGGCAUUCUGUUUGCUACACCCAAGUGUUUAUAGCAACCAAAUGAUCUUCAACGUGUCUGGCUUCAUGAAUCAUCACGUGUCUAUGGGGAUAAACUAGUGGAAAACAGAGACUGUAAUUUCUUUUAUAAAGUGAUGAUGGACACUAUGCACAUGUAUUUGAGAAUGUGGAAGACAGCGUGUUGCUGCAAUCUCCCACUCAUCUAUUACUGUUUUGCGAACAGUGGAGCAGACGCUUGCUACGAGCCGGUGAAAGAGUGGGAAUGACGAAGGAAUACACUUGAGUUCCUAGAAAGCUGCAAUGAAAUGCAUGCUUCUGUGAACCUAGUCUCUGAGUGUGCCAUGCAGCAUGUGUGCUGGAUCAGACAUAUCCUAGAAGCCCCGAGGGUUUAUGCACUUCUGACUGGAGUAGGUGGUAGUGGUAAACAAAGCUUGUCAAGGCUGGCGGCAUGCAUCUGCUCCCUGGAGGUUUUCCAAAUCACGCUGAAGAAAGACUAUGGGAUCCAGGACCUGAGGGUAGAUCUUGCCAGUUUGUACAUCAAGACUGGUGCCAAGAACAUGCCCACCAUGUUUUUGCUGACAGAUGCCCAGGUUCCAGACGAACGCUUUCUUGUGCUGAUUAAUGACUUGUUGGCAUCAGGAGUGGUUCCAGAUCUGUUCAGUGAUGAAGAUGUGGAGGGCAUAGUUACAGAAGUUAGAAAAGAAGUCCCAGAUCUGGGCCUGAUGGACACCAGAGAAAGCUGCUGGAGGUUCUUCUUGAGUAAAGUGCAGCUGCAGUUAAAUCUCACCUCCCAAAUAAUUUAUGAACUUGCCAACCAGUUGCCAACAAGGAAGCAGCCAUAUCCAAAUCAGGUACAAGAGCUAAAAUCCAAACUUGCUUCUCAAGAGGUAGAACUGCAACUGAGAAAUCAAGAUGCUGAAGCUUUAAUUGCUAAGAUAGAGUUUCAGACUGAGAAAGUGAGCCAAGAAAAGGCCAUUGCAGAUGCCGAGGAGUGAAAGGUUGUAGCAAUCUGAGGAGACAUAUAUCUGAGACAGGAGGAGUGUGCAGACGACCUGCUGAAAGCUGUACCUGCUCUUGUUGGCGCUACAGCAGCCUUAGGCAUGUUUAAUAAAGUAAAGAUCAAUCAGUUCGAUCCACCAAUGGCUGUCAUCAAUGUUAUUUCUGCAGUAAUGGUUUUACUGGUAUAUAAAGGGAAAUUGCCCAAAGACUGAAGCUGGAAAGCCGCAAAAGGCUUUAUGGGAAAGAUUGAUGACUUCUUACAAGGUUUAAUCAGCUAUAAGGAGCACAUACAGUAUUGUCUGCAGGUUGUCAAGGGACAUUAUUUGAAGGAUCCAGCUUUCAAUCCAAAUUAUGUUUGUACAAAAUCCUUUACAGCAGCUGGUCUUUGUGCCUGCCUCAUCAAUACAGAAAAAUUCAAUGAGAUAGACAUGUAUUGUGAGGUAGAGCCAGAAUGUGCAUUGGCUCAGGCAAAUGCUGCAUUAGCAGCAGCUACAGAGCAGCUAGCAUCCAUCAGGGGAAAAAGCUUCUUGUAAGUCCUGUGUAGCAAUCUGCGUAAGCCCGCAGCUUCACUUGAGAAAGCAGUCGCAAAGGGAGUCUGAUGUCAAGAUGGUGUGAACCAAACGAACAAAACUAUUGAGCUGCCCAUCAGGCUGGUCAAGGGGCUUGAGUCUGAAAACAUGUGUUGGAGCCAGUUCAUUGGAAACUUCAAAGCACAGAAGAAAACUUUAUGCAGUAAUGUCUGAUUAACAGCAGCAGUUGUGUUUGGACCCUUCGCCAAACAGUAUUGCCAGGAAGUGAUGAAACAUUUCUGGAUUCCUUUUCUAAAGUCACAAAAGUUAAAAUUUACUGUUCCUAUUCCUGUGAUGGGGGGCCUGGACCCGCUUGCCACGUUGACGGAUGAUGCUAUGAUUGCGGCAUGGGGUAACGAGGGACUGCCCGGUGAUAGGGUGUCAACAGAAAAUGCCACUAUUCUAACAAACUGUGAGUGCUGGCCUCUGAUGAUAGAUCCCCAGGAACAGGGAAUUAAAUGGAUAAAGAAUAAAUAUGGACCUGACAUUAAAGUCGUACGUCUAGGACAGAAAGGGUUUGUGCAUACCACUGAAGGAGCUUUGGCCUGUGGAGAGACUCUACUAAUUGAAAACAUCGGUGAAUCUAUUGAUCCGGUACUCGUUCUCCUGCUUGGAAGACAUACAGUUAAAAAGGAAAAAUAUAUUAAGAUUGAAGACAAAGAAUGUGAAUUCAACAAGAAUUUCCAUGUCAUCCUUCACACUAAACUGGCUAACCCUCACUUCAAGCCAGAACUGCAGACUCAGACCACCCUCAUUAAUUUCCCUGUCACCAGGGAUGAGCUGGAGGACCAGCUGUUGGCUGAGGUUAUUAGUGCUGAAAGGCCAAAUGUAGAAAAACGUAAGUCAGUCCUGGCCAAGCAGCAGAACCGUUUCACGGCUGAGCUCAGGCAGCUGGAGGAUGAGCUGCUCAGCCUGCCAGCUGCCCAGGGCAGUUUCUUAGAUGACAGUGAACUUGCAGAGGAACUGGAAUCCGCGAAGCCAACUGCAGCAGAAAUACAGCACAAGAUAGCUGAAGCCAAAGAAAAUUAAGCUCAGAUUAAUAUGACAAGAGAGCAUUACAGACCAACGGCCGUAAGGGUGUCCACUUAUUUCAUUGGUAACAGUCUGGGCGGCUUCAACCCCGUCUACCAGAUUUCAUAGAAGUCCUUCAGCACAGUCUUCCACAAAGCAAUUAAGCAGGCUGAAAAAUCGAGGGAUAUAGUGUUGUUUCAACCUGUCACAUAUUCAACCUUUCUUUUCACAAGCCAAGGACCUUUUGAAAAGGAUAAGCUCAUUUUAUUGGCCCAAACAGCUUUUCAGAUUCUUCUGAGAAGUAAAGAGAUGGAACUCCUUGAAUUGGAUUUCCUUCUUCAAUUCAGAGUUGAACACACUUACAAGAGUCCUGUUGACUUCUUAACUGCUCGGUCAUGGAGUGCCAUUAAGGCCAUGGCAGUUGUGGAUGCAUUCAGGGGGUUAGACAAAUAUAUUGAAAGAUCUACCAAGAGGUGGAAGAAAUGGGUGGACUGAGAAUGUCCAGAAAAGGAAAAGCUUCCCCAGGAAUGGAUAAACAAAGAAACUCUUCAGAGAAUGGUCAUACUGGGGGCACUCCGUCUGGACAGAACAACGUACGCUGUCAGGAACUUCGUGAAGAAAAAGCUUGGCUCAAGAUAUGUGGAAAGAACAAGGAUAGAUUUAGCAAAAGUCUAUGAGUAGAGCAGUCCAGCCACUCCUUUGUCUUUUGUUCUAUCUGCAGGAGCAGACCCACUUGAAGAUACUGAGACACUGUGCAAAAAGCUUGGGUUCGCUAUAGACUCUGGAAGAUUUAUACAUAACAUCUCUCUAGGAUAAGGGCAGGGGAUGGUCACAGAGGAGGCAAUUGAAAGUGCCAGGCAUGGCCAUUGGGUUCUUCUCCAAGUGAUGGCUGUUUUUCAACACAAUAUUCAUCUAGUAGCCAAGUGGCUAGGAACCUUGGAAAAACUCCUUGAGCAAUACAGUGAAAAAAGUCAUCCUGAUCUCCAUGUCUGUGUUAGUGCUGAACCAGCUCCAACCCCAGAAGAGCACGUUAUUCCUCAAGGAACAAUAGGAAACUCGAUUACAAUUACCAGUGAGCCUCCUGUAGGGAUGCUGGCUAAUUUACAUGCUGCGCUCUACAGUUCUGACCAGGAUACCCUUGAACUGUGCACCGGAGAAGGGGAAUUUGAAAGCGUGCUUUUUCCUCUGUGCUGUUUUCACACUUGCCUUGCUGGGAUUCUGAAGCUUGACCUUCAGGGCUGGAAUAGAAGGGAUCCUGUUCGGUGCUGCAGAUCUUGCCCGCCGUCUGUAUCGCUGCCCUCUGCCGCUAUUUUCAGUGAUGCGUUCUGUUCCCCUGGGUGGGUUCCACGGGAAGACUUGUGUUACCUCUUUAGCGAGAUCAUGUAUGUUGGCCACAUCACCGAUGCCUGGAAUCGCAGGCUCUGCUGUAUGUAUCUGCAAGAACUCAUCAGCCCACCUGCGCUUUUAGGGGAACUGGCUGUGGCACCAGGUUUCUUCACCCCAUCAAAUCUGGAUUAUGCUGGAUACCAUGAAUACACAGAUGAAAUGCUACCAUCUGAAAGCGCUGUACUGUACGGACUGCACCCCAAUGCUGAGAUGGGAUACUUGACAGCAACGCCAGAUAAUCUCUUCAAAACCUUGGAAAUGCAACCCAUGAGUUCAUCCACAGGAGACAGAUCAGGCCAGUCUGCAGAGGAAAAGGUUAAGAAUAUUCUGGAUGAUAUUCUUGAGAUGCUUCCUGAGCAGUUUAAUGUAGCAGAAAUCAUGCAGAAGACUACUGCCUGCAGCCCCUAUGCUCUUGUUUGCCCUCAAGAUCGUGAGAGGAUGAACCUUCUCCUUGCAGAGAUCCAGCUGGACCUCAGUCUGAAAGGGGAGUUGAUGUUUUCUCCUCACAUGGAAGUGCUGCAAUCCACACUCUUCUAUGAUGCUGUGCCAGACACGUGGACUGAACUAGGAUAUCCAUCUACAUACAGCCCUGCCCACUGUUAAAGUACCCUGCAGCAGCCGGGCAUAGCUGCUACGCACUGAGAUAUUCCAGUCAUCUAAAACGAGCAGGUUUAUUCCAUUUAUUUUUUUGUCUUAAUGCAAGGCAGCUUUACUUUGAAGUGAGUUUUGCAGAAAUCGCUAAGCACUUUGCUAAAGCAAAGGCUCCAUCACCUCCCUUUGCCACAAGUACUAGGGGUACUCAGCAUCUUGUAGGAUUUCUUUUCCCCUACCCUGCCACCAGCAAUAUCCACUCGCAGGCAGUUAGAUAUGGAUAAAAUACAAAGUGGUUUUGGAAAUUCCUCUGGUAUUUCAUGGCAAUGUAUGCUGCAGUAUGACAUUGUUCAAUCUCUGCCAGACUCUCUUGUGCUCCCGAUUUGUACCUUGCUCUGGCUUAUUGGAAGUUUAAACGCAGCACUGAACAUGGCAUCAGUUUGCACUUUAAGAAACCAGCAUUUGUCAUAACCAAUUUUGGGCGGUUUCUGAAGGUGUCUUAACAUGACUUACAGUGAUGUUCAGGUUUCUCCCCAAGACAACAAGUUUUACAGGACUGAGCAUACCCACAUUCUCUGCCAGCAACCUGUCUCAUGCUGAUCACCUCCUACAAUUGAUUUCAGACGUACCUAAAUCAGGGAAAGAACAAAUUUCAGUAAAACAAUUACCUUAUGCUUACGUAAGCAUAUACUUUCUGGUUACUUCAACCAUGUACUUUCUCUGUCGACAAAAGGACUCUUACACUUCCUGAAGUCUGCAAUUUAUUUUGUCUAAAAAUGUAGUACAUAUAAGGCAGAAGCUAUUGCCUCUUCUCUUUUAGGGUUGCUGAUCUUCUCAUGCAGCACAGAGAACGCGACAUCUGGACACAGGACCUUGUGCUGCCAGCUGGUGGCUUUCUGGCUUGUUUAAUCCUCAGUCCUGACAGGUGAGCAGUGGUGGCUGUAAGGAGCCAGGUGUAUGCUUUCAAUGCCAUUUAGUUUUUACCGUUAGCCUUAGCUAUGUUAUGAUGCUGUUUGAAGAGUUAAGCACAGUUUAAAUAAAAAGAUAAAGAUCAGCCAAGUAUCAGAGUAACUAUCUCCUGAAUGCAGGGGGAACAAUCCAAACUCAUCUUCAGGCUACUCAGAAGUGUGAAGACUUGGCAACUAAGGAAAUAAAAGCUUGAAUUUCAGUUUAAAAAAAGUUAAAAGAGUGCAACGUUUCCUACUGUUACUAUUUAACCAAUUCAGUGCAUAUAUCAAUAGUACUAUUCUGGUUUAUUCCUUAGUAUUAGUGCAGUUACCAGGCUAAGUGAAAAAAAAAAAAAUCAGUCCCCCCAUCUUCUUUGUGUAGCUGUUGCCACGUAAGGGAUGAAAAAUCUUCAACAGCGUAUCGAUGUCUCACUUCUCGCCAGGAUCACAGCACAUACCCGUGUAUUUAUUCUGAAGACCACAGCGAAGGCACAUGACACCCCCGUAACAGCAGAUCUCAUACUCCGCACAGCACCAAUGGCACUGAGAUAAUCCUUUGCUGGCCUAGCAGAAAGGUGGCCAGGAGGUCCUCACAGGGGAAUUUGGCCGGGCUGCCACUGUUCCCUGGAGAAGAUGGGGGCCCAGGGAGCAUUUGCAGCCCCGACACUGAAAAGCCUCUCCCUGUCCUCGGAAGCAGAAGGGUAUGGGCAGCAAGAGGGCUGGCACACGAGGGCUGGCACGCACAUCUUCCCUCUCCCGCUCACGUCAAGGUCCCCAAAUGGUGCUCACUCUGUGCCACAGGCAGAGACACGCCACCGAAUUUCUCAUUCCUUUCACUGCCUCUCCCCAAGCCAUCUCCUCUGGGCACUUGUUCCUGCCGAAGGCUGGGGGGAUGUAAGGACCACAGGUUAGCACAGGCGUGUUCUGCGCAGGGACUCGGCUGGAGCAGCAGUGUCUCUGAGCACAGAAGGCAAUGCAGUCUGGCUCCCCUGCUGAGGGGGAGGGUGGGGUGUGGUUUGUUCUGUACUGCGCAGAAUGGUUUUGUUUCCAAACAAUUGCAUUCAUGCACCUUUUUUGCCUUAUUUCAAUAAUGGCCAAAGGAAAAAAAAAUCAAAACCAAAACAAAACAAACCCUCGUCUCAGCCUUGAGCACAACUGGCCCAAGAGGGCCAUGUUAACAGUUCUGACAUGAAAAUUAGUCUGGGUAUUGAAUUACUGAAAAGUUGGGUUUUGUUUGUUUGUUUUUUAAAUGUGUAAUGCAGAGCAUGGCACGCCAGAACAGCUGGCCUUUGGACAAGAUAUGCUUGACUGCAGAUGUUACCAAAAAGACCACAGAUUAUGGCCACCCACCAUGGGAACGAGGUGGGCUCCGUAGGCUUUUCAUGGAAGGUAAGAAAUAAACUUGAAUUACUUGAUCUCAGUAACCUAGUUCAGGGACUCUAGCUCCCUUUGUUAGGUAGGUAAGUUCCAUCAGGAGUUGGAUUGAAGUGUUGUGAUCCUAUGAACAGCACCAAGGAAGUUUAGAAAUUGGUGGUGAAUUAUUGGUGUUUGUUGCAAGCUUAAAUUUCUACCAGCUUGGUGUUCUAAUCACCAACUGUAUUUCAUGCAUUUAAAUAACUGAGUCUGAACAAGCUCUGCAUUGUAGGAAAACAGCUGCUGUAAAGUAGUUGAGGUUCAGAAGCUUAAAGACUCUUCCAGAGACUGUAAACUUCACCCUGAUACUGAUCACCUAGAAAUUUUCUGCAGCUCUUACCGAGGUGCAGAAUAGUGUUAGGAGUUACCAGAUGUUGGUAACCUGGAUCAAACCAUCUACACAGUUGCAUUUUUUAAAAAAAAUAAAACCCAACCCAAACCAAACCCCAGCCAAAACAAACACCACCACCCACCCACCCUCAAAAAAGCUAUUUUCAAAAUAAUCUUUCUCCUGUUUUUCUUUCCACCUUGGCAGGAAGUCAGCAGUUCUAAAUAAACAAAUAUAAAGAACUCUUGAGUUUUUCAUUUGCUAGGCCAUAAUAGUUACAGGCUGUUGGGGAGACAUACCAAGCAGCAGGGAAAUACUCAAGAACCCCUGUAUUAGCAUGAGGUGUAACGAUACACCUGAGCGUCUGAUGCGCAAGUAUGACAGGAGUAGGUUUUUUCAUCAGGGUUUCCAAGCAGUCAGGUUUUGUAGCAGCUGUAACGUGGUUGUAGGCUGUCCCUGAAGGAAAAUCAUGGUCAUCUUUUGAGCUGCAACCCCUCUUUUUAACAACUUUCAGAGGAUAAACAUUGUACCUUGCUCUUGGAAUUGUGUUUUCCUGAGAUGGAAGCAUCUAGUUUAGGAAUGACAAUUAAGACCUGCAAUCAAAAUGAGAUUUUAGUUUUAACUUAGAAAGGCUGUCAACUAAGUUACAGCUCAUUAGGGGACAGGCGAGGGACUCCAACAGGCAAUUAGAGAAACAUUGUUUUUACUUGUACUCUUCACCAGACCUGAAUAUAAUAAAAAGUAACUAACUAUUCUGGAAGUAACUAACCUGCUGCUACAGUAGCAGGUAAGUCCCAAGGGGAAAGUCAGGGUGGGGGACUGAAGCAAGGAUGAACAUGUCAUUUGCCUGUUGCUUUUAGAAAUGGUAGCCCAAAUUUUCCAGAGAUUUUUUUAAAGGUAUCUGUCACUCAAAGGGCAAUACUGUUCAUUCCUCCUCUGGAUAUGAGGAAGGUAUCAAGGAACCUUGUGAGCUGCAGUUUCUGUGUUUAGUGUUGGUAUUUGCAAAUACAAACUUUCCUGUUGCUACAUAAACACUCCUAAAAUCCACAAACAUCUGCAACAUUUUAUAUACAUAGUUUAUGUUAAAGACACAACAAAUCCAGGCCCCAAGUGGGACAUCCAACUGGAGACCACAGUUGAAGCCCAGCUCAAGGAACUGACUCCAGCAACGCCACUCAUUUUUGUAAGGCUUCUUCCAGUGGAUCGAAAGGAAACUAAGGAAGUUUAUGAAUGUCUAGUUUAUAAAAAAAGUUUAUCAAAAGCAGAGGGCCGACCUACAAAAGCAAGGAGAAGCCAGCUAAAUGGGUUCUGGCAGGAGUAGUUUUACUCUUGGCGCUUUAGCACAAAGCAUUCACUAAUACAUGCUGCUUUCUCAAUCUACCUUGCAGUUAACAGAAAAGGAGGUAAGUAUUUUUCAGUCAGCUGGAGCAGGAGGUUUGCCUCACAAAACUACAAUCCUUAGUGUAACACUUAUGUGCUCUGUGUU